GCUCAUUGUGCCCCGCAGCUGCCGAACCGCCCGCCUGCCCGCCCGCCGCCCGUUCGGCGCGUCAGUCGGCGAGAGAGUCCGGUGGUGGGUGCGGAGCCCGAGGCUGUUCCCGCGGCUUCAUCUUCCUCCCCGUUUCCCUCGUCCCUACCCCUCGCCCUUCGCCCUCCAUCCCGGCUCCGUCACCCUCCCGCCCCCCACACUCAGGACGAGAAUGCCCUGCCCGGAACAACCCAGCAGCACCUAGAUGGCUUUGGUCACGGUCCAGCGGUCGCCUACCCCCAGCACCACCUCCAGCCCCUGCGCCUCGAGCUCUUAUUUGGAAGACAGUGAAUCAGCAGCAUUACUUUGCUGUGAAUGUGGAGAAUCAGAAAUCUUUAGUGAUUUCAGUGAGGCUGACAGUGGGGAGGAGGAAUGCCGGUCACAGCCCAGAAGCAUCAGCGAGAGCUUCUUAACUGUCAAAGGUGCUGCCCUUUUUCUACCACGAGGGAAUGGCUCAUCUACACCAAGAAUCAGCCACAGACGCAACAAGCAUGCAGGCGAUCUCCAACAGCACCUUCAAGCAAUGUUCAUAUUACUCCGCCCAGAAGACAACAUAAGGCUGGCUGUAAGACUGGAAAGUACUUACCAAAAUCGAACUCGCUAUAUGGUCGUGGUUUCAACUAAUGGUAGACAGGACACUGAAGAAAGCAUUGUCCUGGGAAUGGAUUUUCCUUCUAAUGACAGUAGCACUUGUACCAUGGGCUUGGUCUUGCCUCUCUGGAGUGACACCCUGAUUCAUUUGGAUGGUGAUGGUGGGUUCAGCGUAUCAACAGAUAACAGAGUUCACAUAUUCAAACCAGUAUCUGUGCAAGCAAUGUGGUCUGCACUACAAAGUUUGCACAAGGCUUGUGAAGUGGCCAGAAUGCACAACUACUAUCCCGGCAGCCUUUUUCUCACUUGGGUGAGUUAUUAUGAGAGCCAUAUCAACUCAGAUCAGUCCUCAGUCAAUGAAUGGAAUGCUAUGCAGGACGUGCAGUCUCACCGGCCUGACUCUCCAGCCCUCUUCACAGACAUACCAACUGAACGUGAGCGAACAGAAAGGCUUAUUAAGACCAAAUUAAGAGAGAUUAUGAUGCAAAAGGAUUUGGAAAAUAUCACCUCCAAAGAGAUACGCACAGAGUUGGAAAUGCAGAUGGUGUGCAACUUGCGAGAAUUUAAGGAAUUCAUAGAUAAUGAAAUGAUAGUGAUCCUUGGUCAAAUGGAUAGUCCCACACAGAUAUUUGAGCAUGUGUUCCUGGGCUCAGAAUGGAAUGCCUCGAACUUAGAGGACUUGCAGAACCGAGGGGUGCGUUAUAUCUUGAACGUCACUCGAGAGAUAGAUAACUUCUUCCCUGGAGUCUUUGAAUAUCACAACAUUAGAGUAUAUGAUGAAGAGGCAACAGAUCUCCUGGCUUACUGGAAUGACACUUACAAAUUCAUCUCUAAAGCAAAGAAACAUGGAUCUAAAUGUCUUGUACACUGCAAAAUGGGGGUGAGUCGCUCAGCCUCCACUGUGAUUGCCUAUGCAAUGAAGGAGUAUGGAUGGAAUCUGGAUCGAGCCUAUGACUAUGUGAAGGAAAGACGAACGGUGACCAAGCCUAACCCCAGCUUCAUGAGACAACUGGAAGAAUACCAAGGGAUCUUGCUGGCCAGCAAACAGCGGCAUAACAAACUCUGGCGAUCUCAUUCAGAUAGUGACCUCUCAGACCACCACGAACCCAUCUGUAAACCUGGGCUUGAGCUCAACAAGAAGGAGAUGACCACAUCAGCAGACCAGAUUGCCGAGGUGAAGACUGUGGAGAGCCUUGCAGCCAUGCCGCCCGUCUUUGUGGAACACAUGGUCCCACAAGAUGCAAAUCAGAGAGGAUUGCGCAGCAAAGAAAGAGUCAUCUGCUUGGAGUUCUCUUCACAAGAGUUUCAUGCUGGACAGAUUGAAGAUGAAUUAAACUUAAAUGACAUCAAUGGAUGCUCGUCAGGGUGUUGUCUCAGUGAAUCAAAAUUCCCUCUUGACAACUGCCAUGCAUCUAAAGCCUUACUCCAACCUAGACAGGCCUCAGACAUUGCCAACAAGUUCCCAGACUUAGCAGUGGAAGAUUUGGAGACAGAUGCCCUGAAAGCAGACAUGAACGUCCACUUACUGCCAAUGGAAGAGCUGACAUCGCAACUGAAAGACCUCCCCAUGUCACCUGAUCUGGAGUCACCAAGCCCCCAAGCCAGUUGCCAAGCCGCCAUCUCUGAUUUUAGUACAGAUCGUAUCGAUUUUUUUAGUGCUCUAGAGAAAUUUGUAGAGCUUUCUCAAGAAACCCGGUCUCGGUCUUUUUCUCACUCAAGGAUAGAAGAAUUAGGUGGAGGAAGGAGUGAGGGUUGUCGCCUGUCAGUAGUAGAAGUGGCACCUUCAGAAAUGGUAGCUGAUGACCAGAGAAGCAGCUCUUUGAGUAAUACUCCCCAUGCCUCUGAAGAAUCUUCUAUGGAUGAGGACCAGUCAAAGGCAGUCUCAGAACUUGUCAGCCCAGACAUCAUCAUGCAGUCUCACUCAGAAAAUGCAAUUUCAGUCAAAGAAAUUGUCACUGAAAUUGAGUCCAUUAGUCAAGGAGUUGGGCAGGUUCAGUUAAAAGGAGAUAUCCUCUCCAACCCAUGCCAUACGCCAAAGAAGAGUACCAUCCAUGAGCUGCCCCUGGAGAGGGUCCAAGUCCCUGAGAACAGACCUGGACAUUUGGAGCAGGAUGAGAGUUUCUGUAGUGUUCCGCCAGAACUAGCUAGAGACUCAGGGAAGUGUGCCCCAGAAGAAGGCUGUCUGACCACACACUCGUCCACAGUAGACUUGGAAGAAGAGGAACCAGUUGAGGGGGAACAUGACUGGGGCCCAGGGAUGCACUCUAGUGCCAAGUGGUGCCCUGGGUCUGUGAGGCGAGCCACCCUGGAGUUUGAAGAGCGCUUGCGACAAGAACAGGAGAACCAUGGUACAGCCUCUGCAGGUCCCACAUUAUCUAAUCGCAAAAACUCUAAGAAUGAUUCUUCUGUAGCAGACCUAAUGCCAAAAUGGAAAAGUGAUGAACCCACCCCAGAACAUUCAUUUUUCCUCAAAGAAGCCGAGCUGAGCAAGGCUAACAGGAAAUGCAGUGGUUCUGAAGCCGGGUCCCUGUCCCACUGUGAGCAGAACCCCACUGUUGCAGCCUCUGAGCUGCUGGAGCACCAUCCCCUGCCAGCUCCUCAGGACCGCCUAGGGUCAGCCUGUAGAAGUAAGAAGCAGGAAGGAGACCCGAAGAAGCAGAGGACUGUGGUUCCAAACCAGGACUGUGAGACACAGGCCAUCCUUCUUCCCCUCCCGAAGAAAAUAGAAAUCAUUGAGUAUACACCGACAGUUACAUCACUGGAUCACACUGAGAUAACACCCAGCAAAGAGGGUGAGAAACAAGGACUGAGGGAAGUGAAGAUGGAGAGGUCUAUCACUAUGUUUUGUGCUCUGGAUGAAAAUCUGAACAGGACUCUGGACCCCAGUCAAGUUUCUCUGCAUCCCCAAGUGCUACCUCUGCCUCAUUCUUCCUCUGAGUGUGACAGGCCCACUGACCCAACCCCUAUGUUAAGUAUCCCUCAAGACAAAGGGGACAGCCCGUCCACACCCUUCAAGACAGCAGCACCUUUUGUCAGCUGCAGUACCCAGGGAGUAUCUGCCAGCCUGGAUUGUUGGCGUCCCCACUCCGUGGUUCACCUGGAGGGCUGCACACAGCAGAGCAGUGCCACAGACACUGAGCUGUCUUCAGAGCAGGUCACCUGGGAGGACAGCCGGGGGGACUUCCUUCCCAGUGGUAGUGGGAUGGCGCACAGAUCCUCUCCAUUAACUAACGAAGACCUAAGCUUAAUCAACAAACUUGGUGACAGUGUUGGCGUGUUACAGAAAAAACUGGACCCAUCUCCCGAAGCCUGUCGAAUCCCACAUAGCUCUAGUAGUGAAAAUAUAAGAGAUCUCAGCCACAGCCCUGGUAUGGAGAAGGAGCACGCUAAAGAAAUUGAGUCUCGCAUGAUAUUCCAGGCAGGGUUCUCCAAAACAUCACAAAUGAGGCGCUCGGCUUCUCUUGCCAAGUUGGGUUACCUGGACCUUUGUAAAGACUACUUACCUGAUAGAGAGCUGCUCUCCUCAGAAUCCCCUCAUCUCAAAUUGCUUCAGCCCUUCCUCAGAACAGACUCAGGCAUGCAUGCCUUGAUGGCCCACGAGCCCGCAGAAACCCCAGGUGUGCACCAGAACCCACAGCCCACCAAGUAUUGUGUAGAGCAAUUCAAAACAACAGAGUCUAUGGUACAGAGCAAACUAGUGGAGAGGCCCAGUGUGCAGUAUGCCAAAGAGUUUGGUUACAGUCAGCAGUGUUUGUUCCCCAAGGCAAGACCAGAAUUGACUAGUUCUGAAGGAGGCCUUCCUUUGCUACAGACACAGGGUCUGCAGUAUACAGGCCCUACUCCAGGGCUGGCUGUGGCACCCCGUCAGCAACAUGGCAGAACUCACCCCCUUAGGAGACUGAAAAGAGCAAAUGAUAAAAAACGGACAACCAACCCCUUCUAUAACACCAUGUGAUCGAUCCUGAGCCCACACACGUGAUUUUCUAAGAAAAUGUUUGUUAAAGGGGUGGUGUAAUAUGUAAGGAACAUGCACUUUAUUGGUUAAUUUUAUAAUAUUUUUGGUCAUUUUACUGUUCCUGACUCAUGCAGGGUUUGGGUGUGUGUGUGUGUGUGUGUGUGUGUGUGUGUGUGUGUGUGUGUAUGGCAAGAUCAUUUUGUUAUUUUUUAUUUUUUAAAAAUUCAAACCUCAAAAGAAAAUUUUUUUCAAAGAGCACCUUUAUCAAAGGCAAAUUGCUGUUUUUCAAUCAACUGCCACCUGUCUCUUCUCAUUUUGCCCUCUGAGAAAAGACAUGCCUGCUUGGUUGAGGGAAAGAAACAGAUGGAGUAGGUGGCACUGAAGCUGGGAACUGGAACUGCUCACCCAGGCCUGAGGCGACCUAUCUGCUGAAGGGCAAAGGGAAGUCACUGCUCUCAGCCUCCUCCUGCAGCCCUCCUUUGGAGUCUGUGAAGUUGCAGGCUCUGCUUUGCUUUAAGAGGCAGUUGAGACUCCCAUUUCUUCGGAUAUUCCAAAAUGCAACAGUCAUUACAGAAAAAGAGUGGUAAUUGGCCUACUGAUAGAAACCUAGGAAGCAAAUAAUUUUCCCCAAGAAAACAAUCUGGAAAUCUAAGGGAACUGUAAUUGAAAUUCAAGGUCAUCUGUAGAGAAAUGUAUUAAGAGAGAAGGUGGGAUCAAAGGUGGAAACACAGCCCCUGAGUCGCUGCAGGGGGCCAGUGGAAUCCACACAGGUGAGUCCUGGCCCUGCCUGCCUGAUCUCCCUCCCCCCAGAUGACAGUCUCUGCCACCAUUCCCCAACUAAAGGCCCGAAAACAGGCUUGAAAAACAGCAAAGUCAGUGUGUUCUUGUAAAAUGAAUACAUGCUGGGGUUUUAACCCUCUUAUUGAAUACUCUGGGCCUUCUGAGUUUAAUGCUCGUGGUUUUCCAAUUUAUUUCUUCUCUCUUGCUGUUUCCCCAUCCUGCCCUGUUCUUAAUUUCACAAAUUAUAUUUUGUUACAUUACAUAUAUAGAACUUAUUAACACUUGACGCAAGUUUUUUCCCCUAAUUUUUCCUAGAAGGUUUGUCUUUUCUCUACAGUUCAUACACAGUAUUUAUGUACAUAAUGUCACUUUUUAAUGUUUCAUGGUUGAUAUUGUGGGUCUUUUGAUUUAUUCUUGUUAAGGAGUAGAGUUGCAACUGGAAAAGAGAGACACCAGAAAUAAACUGGUAAUUUUUUGUAGAAAUCUUUGUUUUAAAUGAAAACUUAAAUUGCCAGCUCCUGCCAAAUUAAGUACUUCCUCUUAAGAAACCCCUGCAGGGUCCUACUAGAUCACACUGAACGCUGGCUUCUGUUUGAGGCUGAAGUCCCAGAUCAUUGUUUGACUGUAGCUGAAGCACAGUCAGAUAUGUAUCUUCACUGCCCAAAGCAGUUAGUAGGCUCCUAGUGUAGGCUGAGAGGCUGGGGCGGCUCAGCCAAAGGCACAGAAUUCACCUAGGACCCCACUGCUUUGUUGCUGCCCCACUGCUCUUUAACACUGGCUUGUCUAUUCCAAAUAUGCCCUGAAAAUAGUACAGAAAACAUCUGGAGAGAACCACCACAGCUCAGCAAAACUGAAGAGGUCUACAAAUUUGCUUCCUGCUUGUUUGUGUUGAUAUCGACAUUGCUGAGGAUUGUCUGGGUAGGAGCCAGGUUUUUAAUUCAUCAUAGCCCUAGUCAGAAAAAGACAGACACACAGAUUAUCAUUAGAGGCAGACUUUGGAGGGAGCAGGUAGUAGGAUGCAGGAAAAGUAGACUGCAGCCAUUUUCAAGUGCCCCAGAACUGGGAGUCCACUUGCCGUAAGCCGUGGUUGGUUCUGACAUCACUGUCAGGAAGCAGCUGGUGACCACCUGCAGAAAAUAUGUGGUGUAGAAGUUCUAUAUACCUGUGCUGGCUUUUGGUAGUUUCUGUAAAUGUCACAGCUUUGUGUAUCCUGGAUAUUUGUAUGUUGUCUCAUUAGGUGGUAUGUAGCAGUGUGAGGGAGGCUUGGGAGGCAAGAUGGUGGAUUCUAGGACCCAUCUGCUCAAGAAUCCUGUCUACCAGUAUGACAGUAGGACAAGAAAUUAUGAUAGGGUAACAAGAGUAUUUACAUCAAGUUUGAGAGAUUGCAUCACCAAAAAAUAAUAAUAAAAGUUGGGUGUAAUAGCUCACAUCUGCAGUCCCAGCACUUGGGAGACUGAGGCAGGAGGAUCACUAUGAGCUGGACACCAGCUUUGGCUAUAGAGUGAGACCCUGUCUCAAAAAAAGUAGCAUCCAUAUGCCACACAUUAUCAGCAGUGGGUGCUGCUCUCUCAUCUUCCAGUACAGAAUGUCCUCACUUUGUCUCUCACAGCAGGGACUGAGAAAAUACCCGGUGAGGGCAAUGGGGAGCAGAGGAACAGAUAUGCAGAUGACAACACCGGUUUUUGUUUUCAAGAUUUAAAGAAUGGAAGAAACCAUCUUCUGCUGUCUCCCUUCUUAAUUGUAUUUCAUAUCAUUUAACUUACCUGCCUAGGUAUCUUCCACACAGGGUCUAUAAUUCAGCUAUGCCAAAGGGUCUUGCCAGCCCUCCAAACCCCAACACUUGGGUUGUUCGUAAGUCAUGCUUAUGGGUAAGGCAGGUGCAUGAUAAGCUGUUGAAGACUUUUUACUUUAGCAUUUGAUAAUUUCGGGUCGUCUGUCUGUUUUUUCUAUUCGUGGAAAGCCUGGACCUAACUCUGACGAAACAGGAAAACCCUUGACCUCCUGACUAGUGCUUAACCUCUCGCUCAAUGCCUCUGUCUCUCUUUACUGUUUUUAAGACCACAGUAGUCCUGUCAGUAGGUCUGAAAAAGUGUAUAAGCACACAUGUGGGCCCUUAGACAGGGGAGCUGACAUUUCAGUGCCUGGGCUAACAGCCCCAGGAGCAGGCAGAAUUGGAGCGAUAGCCUGACUAUAUAAGCUACACCUGACUGUAGGGAGAGGACCCCAGCCCUUUGUUGUUUUUGGAAACAGCAGCAGUGGGUGGUGUGGGCACAGUACAGGAGGGAACACUUCACCUCCACUUGGUUGCCUCUUGUUCUUUUUAACAUGCUCGUUCCUGUUCCUGCAUCCCCACCUCUUCAGCAACUUCAGUGUUUUUCUGUUCUAUACCUUUGUCUCUCCUGCAAUUUCCUUCUUUCUCAUUCUGGGAACUACCAAGAGCUCCAGAGACAACCUGGGGAUACAUCCCAGGCUCCAAGGUCUCCUGCUCCUGAGCCCAGAUGCUUCCUCUGAGAGACCUCUGACACAGUUGCUCACAGGACUCUGCACCUGAAGUCCUCUUUCAGUAAAGAUGUUCUGUGGGAGUUGGGGAUUUUUUAUUUUCUAAGAAAGCAUUAUGCAAAAAGUUUUAAGGGCAUUUUAAAGAAAAGCCAUUUUUCUUGGCUAUUUCAAACAACUAUCUGUGGAUACUUUGUUUACUUUGUGAGUGUUAAAAUAUGCAUUAUUGCUGUGGCCUCAGGCACUGAUGCCAUGGCUGUCCUGAGUCCUCCCCCAGAGAAAAUGCCAUAUUAUUGUCAGCCCUUGUGAAUAAGUGGGUCAGAUUUGGAGCUGAACUCCAUCUGUGUCCUGCACCUGUGUCCCGCAUCCAGCAGUCUUUCUCAGUGCUGGUAUGUCUCCAUAGUGAUGGUCAUGAUGGUGAGUGAAUAGUAUGAUUGUUUGGUUUUUGCUUUUUAACGGUAGACAAGGUGACAUUCCGUUGUUUCAGCACCAAUCCAACUUAAAAAAAAUCAUAGACUUUGUUAUCCCUUCCAAACUAAAAGAUCAAGCAUGUAUUGGACAUAAGUGUACGUGAUGCCUCGACUCAUCUGGCACCCAUAUUAGGAAAAGGCCUGCCACCAAAGCAGGAAGGUGCACGCUCCUCUCCCCAGGGCUUUGGGACAACUUGAUGCCAUGGAGAGCUAUUGCAAGGUGCUUCUGUACUGCUCCAGCCUGAAGCAGAGGUGACUAGGCCUGCUUCUGCUAGGAAAAGAACCAGCCUCAUCUCAGUGCCCCAGAGAUCUAGGACGGGAUUUCUAAACUGGAAUCACCCCUUAUCAGCUUGAAGAGUCCCACCCCACCCCAGGUGAGAGCUGGUGCUGCUGUCCAUCUUCACAGUGAUGCUGGUGGCAGCGUCCUGCUUAGAGAGCAAAGACCCCGGAUGGAAAGCUGAGGAACUGACAUGUGUUCUGGUCAGUAAGCCCCCUGGGAGUUGAUGGGUUUUGUUUUAUUUGAUUGUGAUUUGCUUGGCAUAGCUAAAGGUGCCUUUCCCGCCCACUCCUUUAGACUUUGUUUUGUAACAUUUGUUUGAAACCCAAACAAGUCCAAAAGACUCGCACUGACUGUUACCUUUGUCCAGGCUAUCCCAAACCUCUAUAUGCUCUCAUUUUAUUAAAAGCAGGUGCUCCCUGGAAUCUCUGGGACCUUUUUGAGGCAUUUAAAGCAGAAUAUAAAGAGUGGUCUCAUCUCCUUCCUUAAUCCUGGUGGUUGGGAUGUCCCACUUGUAUCAUAGUUGUUUUUAUUAUUACUGAUGUGCUCCGCUGUUUUUAAAUGUGAACUUGUGCGCAGAUGUGCAGAUUCAAUGUUCUUGUUACAGAUUGAAUAAAUUUUUAUUUUGAAGACAAAA